AAACAAGUCCUAGAAAGUCCCAGAAACCUAUUAUUUAAGCCAAAUCUAUGGAUCUAAUUGGUAAUCCGUUAAGAGCGGUCUAACUUUGCCACAGUGACCUGUGACUGCACAGCUGCAGCGGAGCUGCCGUCUCCUGCAGAGACCGAAGCUUCAGUGAGACGGAGCACAGAGGAGAUGAUGGACGGUUCCAGGGCCCGGGCUGAAGCUCCUUCCACGGAGCCCAGCGCCAAGCUGUUCUGCUGCGGCUGUGUGAGACGCUACCUUCCUCUGGUUUACAGAGAGGAGAUCUACCACAUACUGCGCAUGACUGGACCCCUGGUCGCUUUUCGCAUCCUGAAUUAUCUGCUUCCAUUUGUCAUUACAAUGUUUUGUGGUCGCCUGGGAAACAGUGUGUUGGCUGGUUAUGGUAUGGCCUCUGCUACAAUAAGCAUUACAACCGCUGCAACAGGUGGAGGACUUGCACUGGCGUGUGACACUCUGGUGUCGCAGACGUUUGGGAGUAAGAAUCUUCUCCAUGUGGGGGUCAUCCUGCAGAGGGGAGUCCUGAUCCUGCUGCUUUUCUGUCUGCCAUGCUGGGCUCUGCUCAUCAACACCCAGCCCCUUCUCCUCCUGCUGGGACAGGACCCUGAGGUGGCCAGGAUAGCCCAGCUGUAUGUGAUUGUGUACCUGCCUGCAGUACCAGCAUCAUUUCUGCAUCAGCUGCAAGUAGCUUAUCUUCAGAACCAGGGUGUGAUCUUACCACAGGUGUACACAGCCAUUGCAGCCAACAUUGCCAAUGUCCUAACCAACUACAUCCUCAUCACCUGGUUGGACUUUGGGGUGUAUGGGUCUGCUGUGGCGAAUGCUGUUGCGGAGAUCUACAUUUGUGUGUCUCUUUAUGCUUACAUUCGCUGGAAGAGGCUGCAUUCUGAAACAUGGGGAGGGUGGUCCUUAGAGUCACUGCAGGACUGGGGGGCUUACAUGAAGUUAGCAAUCCCCAGCACAAUGAUGCUCUGCUUUGAAUGGUGGAUAUACGAGAUAGGAGGCUUCUUAGCAGGGAUGCUGAGUGAAAUGGAUCUAGCAGCCCAACAUGCAGUCCUAAUGCUGGCUACUACAAACUACAUGUUUAAUUUAGGCAUGCAAGGUGCAACUUGUGUGCGCGUGGGUAAUGCCCUUGGAGCUGGAGACACAACAGGAGCCGUCCUCACGUGCAAGGUUUCUCUCACCCUUACAGCUCUCCUAGCAGUGGUACAGGGUGCUGUGCUGGCUGGUUUGAAGCCAGUUAUUGGAUUCUUAUUUACAGAUGACAGGGUAAUUGUCCAGAUGGUGUCCGACAUUCUAACUGUCUACUGUUUUCUGGAAUUCUUUGAUGGUCUUGUGUGUGUCUGCAUGGGCAUUCUCCUGGGCUCAGGGCAGCAGAAGAUUGCAGCUGUAGCUAAUCUCGUUGGCUAUUAUUGCAUUGGACUGCCACUGGGCAUUUCUCUCAUGUUUGCAGCAAAACUCGAAGUUGUUGGUUUUUGGCUCGGUCUUCUAAUCUGUGUGUGCAUACAGUCCACUUUUUUCAUCGUUGUCAUUUUCAGACUUAACUGGGAGAGAGUAACAAAAGAGGCCAUUGAACGCAGUGGAAAAAGUCAUUUAAAUAGGAGACAAUUGGAUUUUGAGGGAGAGCCAAGUCAGAGCGUCGUCCCAGCUAACUAUACAUCACAGAAUUCAGAGAAUCAAAACCUGAACGGCCACCAGGCUGUAAUCCCUCACAACCCAAACGAGAACAGCGAUGCUUUAUUGGAUCGGGAAAGACCAAGAGAGACUUGUAAAGUUCGGCUGUCUACCUCUCAGCUCAUCAUCAGGAGAGGUUUGACCACUCUUGCUGCUGUUCUUAUCCUCGCUACAGGGACAUCUCUCCACCUCACCCUGCCUCUGCCUGAGGUUUCUAAAGUGACUGAAGCUAAUGACACUUUAAAUCUGAACUCUACACUACAAUAUGCCACACCUUCUCUUCAGACCAGUGGAGUAAAUCAAUCUGAAAUCAACUACCUGUGACCUUUCUCUGAGAUUUUAGUCUCUUUUCCCCCCUACAGAAGAAACUAAAUAAGAAUAAGCACUUGCCGUUUUAGGCCAAUUCACAUGUGAAGAAAACAUAUUAUCACAUUUCGUAUGAAUAAAUAUAUUUUAGAUCAUUUGCAACACUGUGAAUUUUGUAAAGGUUGUGAACCUAAACACUGGGGUAUUGGGUAAAAACUGAAAUUAUUAUAAGCAACAUAAACAUACAGUAAUAGCUGCAAAACUGAUUACUUGUCCCCCUUUUUGCCAUAAAAUUUGAAUGCUGCGAACUCUAUCUUUAAAAACAAAGUCCCUGUAUUCUCUUGGCCACACCCCCAUAAUUAUGGUCUCAUUUGAUACAGUGCUGUAGGAUGCAAUGUUUACAGGUCUCAGGCUUAGAGUACUACAGUACACACACAUGAAUUGUGAGCCUUAAUUUGUAAAGAAACUGCUCUAUGUUGAUUAUAUAUACAAAAACAAACUUACAGUUUUUUUUUAUUCUGGGGUACUAGUUUGUCAGUGUGCCAUACUGACCAUAUUAAUUCAUAAUAUCUGACAAAUAAUUGAAUAUAUUUGUAUGGGUUUGACUAGUUCUGAAUGUCUGAAUUGCUGACGCUGUGUUCAGUAGCCUUUGGUGUAAUUACUGGAAUGUUCUCUGUACAUAUAUGGGUAAACACAAGGUUAUAGAGGUUGUAUUCACUGCCAAACUAUCAAUAACCAUUUAUGUUCCAGAAAUAGAAAGGAAUUAAUAAAACAACAAAACAUCA